UGUUUAACCUCUGAGUCUGAGCAGGUCUUAGUUUCUGCAGAGGAACCAGCAGAUGAAGAUGACAAUGACAGCCUCCGUCAUCUUCUUCAUUUACCUGAGCUUCACCCUGCAGCCGAGCCGAGGUUUUGUCGUGACUCAGCCGGAGUCUCGGACGGCUAACAUCAAUGGAUACGUCAUCAUCACCUGUGAACACAACGUCACAGUCCGCUCCAUCAUAGACGUGGGACUCUACAGCAUACCGGCGGUCGGUGAACGUAAACUGCUCUGCCAGGAUAAUGUAGUCUGUCAGGACAUGGUCCUGAACAAAGAGAGUCCCAACAAGUGCCACUUCAUCCUGUUCAACAUCAGGCCAGAGGCUUUCAGCAUGAAGUACCAGUGUGAGUUCACAUUGAAUAUCAAUGAGGUGCACGAACAGAGACAAGGAAGACCAACCACACUGCUGCAAGGUCAAAAGGAUGCUGACUGCAAAACUCCUCCUCCGUCUGAUCCGCAGCGCUGGACUCUGCUGGAGUUCAUCCUGCUCGGUCUGCUGGCUCUCACGCUGCUGUACAGCUGCAUGUUCACAUGUUUCCACAUCAGACAGAGGGGGAACUUUCAGGUCAACGACAUCGACGAGAACGUUGACAGCUAUCCAGAACAUUCCACGUAUGUAGACAUGAGGAAAGGCGCUCUGCUCAGGGAACCCGGGGCCCGGGCACACUGAGGGGGACGGACUCGUGCAGCACGAGUCCUGCUGCAGGACCCGUGCAGCAGGACCCGUGCAGCAGGACUCGUGCAGCAGGACCCGUGCAGCAGGACUCGUGCAGCAGGACCCGUGCAGCAGGACCCGUGCAGCAGGACCUGUGCAGCAGGACUCGUGCAGCAGGACCCGUGCAGCAGGACCCGUGCAGCAGGACCCGUGCAGCAGACUUGUGCAGCUUCACUGACGGCCUCAGGCUCAACACAUUAAUGCAGCUGGUUUCAUAGCAUUAGCCUCCCUGCUUCACCUCUUCACCUCACCUUCACUUCAUCCUGAGUUCAGAAACCAUCGUGCUGCAGACGACAGACAGCAGGGGGAGACAGAGACUGUUUCAAAGCUCUCUGUAAAUCCCCACAGCUCAUGCAGGCAGCUUCAAAAUGAGAUGAUGUCACAUCUCAAAGACUUCAUGUGGGAUUUAUAAUCAGGGUUUUUCUGUGUAACUGCUGCAGCUCAGUGAUGUUUGUGAAUUUAAACCUUUGAAUUCCUUCAAUCUUUAAAGAAGUCUCCUCAGAGAUCGACAUCGCUGAACUUUAAAGUCCAAAUCUUCCUCAUCACAUCUUUAAUAUUCACCAUAUUUAAUCUCUGACCUCUCUUUGAAGAAGCUCCUCUCAGUUUUAUAUUUUAGAGACAAAGGUCAAACCAAGAUGCAGGAUCAUCCUUAAACUCAACAAAGUAAAAGCUUCAUGUAGCAUCUGUUUUUAUUGUGUUUUUAUAUUUUUACUGUGUCAUUGUGUUAUCUGUAAAUAACUGUGGACCAGCUGUGCUGCGAGCAAAGUGUUUAAAUAAAGUUGAUUUUAUUUCUUGAAUUGAA